GAUUUUGUUUACAUUUUCAUUGAUCAUGUGAUCUGAAACCUCUAGACAGUCAUCCAAGGUUACACACGAUACUCUAUAUAAACAGGAUAAGUACACCGUAAAAUAAGAGUAAUGUUGUGUCAUCCAGUCAUCCUUCUGUUGUUCAUUUAUUUGAACUAUCUGUACUGCUGUUUGCAGGUAUCUUCAGUCUACAGAUGGCAGGAUAACUGCCAACACCUAGAGGCAAUGGAGACUGAAUCCUGAAAAAAAGGCACCUGUUAAUCUAAAACAAGAAAAGGGAUAUUUGACUAAAAUUUUGUUUUUUCAGAGUGUUGAACAUUUUAAGAUGGAAAACUCAUCAGCUGUGUCGUCUAUUAUACUGGAAGCUUUUUACAAAAUGGAGGACCUUAAAUACCUUUACUUUGUGGUCUUUCUCUUGUUAUACAUGCUUGUACUCUUUGCUAACACCAUUGUGAUUUUUGUCAUAAUUAUCAACAAAGUGCUUCAUAAUCCUAUGAAUUACUUUCUAUGUAACUUGGCUGUAAAUGGCAUCUACGGUGGCACAGCUUUACUUCCCCCCUUGCUGGGUACUUUAAUGUCUUCUUCUCAUGAGAUAUCUUUGGCAUGUUGUAAGGCUCAAAUCUACUUCCUGCACACAUAUGCUAUUAUAGAGUUCACUAUUCUGUCGGUGAUGUGCUACGAUCGCUAUGUGGCCAUCUGCUACCCGCUGCAGUAUCACAGUAUUAUGACGAUCAAAAAAGUGUAUAAACUGAUUGCCUUCUCAUGGGGUUAUCCUUUAGUGACAUUCGCUUUGUUUUUUAUUAUGACUCUGCGCUUGACAAUCUGUCAAAACCGACUGGGGAGGAUUUACUGCCUAAACUUUAAUCUAAUCAAAAUGUCUUGUGGGAACACAUAUAUUGAGAGUGUUUUCGGAUUGAUUUUUCUUGUUGUAUACUCUGUUCCUCAGCUUGCAAUGACUUUCUAUUCAUACGGAUAUAUUCUGAAAAUAUGCUUUAAGGCCACUAAAGAGUCUAAAAUAAAAGCACUAAAGACCUGCACUCCACAUUUAUUUGCAAUACUGAACUUUAGUGUGGGAUGUUUUUUUGAAAUUGUACAAAGUCGCUUUGACACAAGUUAUCUUCCAUUUGAAACACAACUGUUCAUGUCUCUUUAUUUCUUGAUAUUUCCUCCCAUUCUAAAUCCAGCUAUCUAUGGGAUGAGUGUUAAAACACUGAGAGGCAAUAUUUUUAGAUUGUUUGGCUGUGAAAAUAGGCUUAAAGUAGGGUCUUUGGAACACAAGUGAGGGUGCAAAACAAUGCAAUACUGUUCUUAGUAUGAGAAGUAAACAACUGAAGUCUAACCUGUGAAAUGAAAACCCAACUUUGUUAACUUUCUGUCUUUAAAUAGUGUCAUUGAAUUGAACUAAAUGCUAAUUCCAUGUAAAUUUGACAUCCAGUGACCUUAAAUAACCCCAUCAUGCUUUUCAAAAU